AUGAAGGUGAACUUGAGUGACUUUCCAACCGUCGGGAAACUUGAUCUCCGGCGAUCGUUCAGUAUAAGCAGUGCGGAUGUGUCUGGACUAGCAGAUACAGCCACAACCGAGGCUACCAAGACGACAAACAGUGCAGCAGAUAGUAUUUCCCAGGCAUCGGCCGCAGUUGGGACUGUCGCCAACCAAGCCCAGAGUCGCAUCGAAUCCAUUGCCAGUGAGCUGAAAGUAAAUCUUCCCGCGUACUAUUCGGUCGGACUGUGGGAUUACUGUCAGGGAAAGACGGUUGGGGGUCGGCCGUCAAACUGCACUAGACCAUCGGCAUCUUUCUCGUUUAAUUUACUCGACAUCUCCAAAUAUGUCUCCCCCGAGUUCAACGACCUGUUUCCCAGCAAAGACACCAAAGGUCUCACAGGAUCGCUCAAACUAUCCAAGUUCGCCAUAUCCGCCUAUAUCGUGGGCAUUUCCACCACUGCCUGCGCCCUGGUCGUGGGUCUGGUGACCACUUUCCGUGAGGCAAAGAGCAGAUGGUUAAAGGUGCUACAGAUCCUUUCAUCUGCGAUAGCGCUUGCUUCUAUCCUCAUAGCCUCCGCGGUGGUGACAGCGAUAUAUACGGCUUUGACGGGUGCCGUUGAAGUGGUGUUGGGAAGCUUUGGUGCCCAUGCGUCGCUCGGUGUACAACGAGCGCUGCAAGACUGCCUUCAAAGCUAG